CCAUUCUUGCCCUCCCCCGCUUCCUCUUUCGCGCCUCCUCCUCCGCCUUCCCACGCUCCCCGCCCCCGCGCUGCUCGCAGCCCCCAGGCGUUCGCCGGCCGCCAGCCGCCCGCCCUGCUGGGACGUGAGGACGCGAGCGGUGCGCGGGGGCCGCUGGGUCUGAGGUGCUUCGAGGAGAAGUCGCAGACGCACAUGAGGCACGUCGGGGUCUCCGACGUCCAGGGCGCCGACUUCAACUUCGAGUCCAGGGGCAAGAGGCGCUUCGGCGCCUGCGCCUCGCGCAUGGUGGCCGCCGGGACGUCGGCCGGGGACGACGAGGGCGUGGCGCACGCGAGCCGGCCCGCGGACCGCAGGCCCCACGCCGCCGAGGGCACGCACUUCGCGGACGGCGGCGCCAUGUGCGGGCUCGGCGGAGGGCCCCCGGCCGCCGCCCUGGCGACGCCGCCGGUGAAAUCUCUAGGCGACCUGGGCGGCGGCGGCGGCGAGAAGCCCCGGCGCGGGCCGCGGCUCGGGCUUCCAGACCCGGCGAAGGUCAGCAACGUCGACCCGCUCGCCUGGCGGGGCACGCAGCCGGGGGAGGAGCCCUCGUGCGGGCCCGGUCGUGGGUGCCGCGGGGGCGGACUUCUCCUCGCGGGGUCGGCCGCCCCCCCUUCUCUGCGGCGCCGCCGCUGUGGUGAUGGUGGUCGUCGUCGUCGUCGGCGUCCGGCGUCCGGCGUCCGUCGUCCGUCGUCCGUCGUCGUCGUCGUCGUCGUCGUCGUCGUCGUCGUCGUCGUCGUCGGUCGUCGUCGGUCGCUGUCCGUCCGUCCGUCCGUCCCUCGCCCGUGAAGGCAAAC